CUGGCACGACAAAGGCCCAGACUACACUCACUUCCUCUCUUCCAUGAACGACCCCGACCACCCCUCAGACCUGAUCAUCUAUCGACUCGAUCUCCUCAAGAACAGCGACGGCGAUGUCAGCAAACACCCCACCGGCAAGCAAGACAUACCCGCAACCGUCGAGCAGGUGGAAAACUACCUCAACCUCCUCGAAAAAGAAUGGGAUGGCGAGUUCUUCUGGUCAAACCCAAAGGAUACGCUGGAUAGCUUGCCUCCUGGCUAUAAGCUCAUGUACAGACCUCGUGGCACGAAGAACAAUCGCGCGGGUGAUCUGUACCUCUGGGGCCACCCGUCGGGACUGUGGUUCUCGUCGGCUAGCAGGUUUUCGUUUCACUUGGCUUGGUUGAUCAAUCGCGGCAAGAAGGGAUCCUGCCAGUGCAAGCCUUGCGAUGGCGUCCGUGGAUGAAAGAGAAAAAAGAAUAGGAGGGCGGGGAUGAAAGUGGUUUGUUUUCUUUUGUGUCGUUUCAGUUGGCCGUGUCCAGCACAAGCAUACUUGUAGGUAUGCAAGAAUGAAUGCGGGAAUAACCCUGCUUAGCCGGCGA